AUGUACGGGGGGUGGCUCCUACCUAUCUUUGUGCUAGGUCUUCAUGCCGUUGUCACUGUUUCAGCUGCAGACAGCACUGUGGACAUCCGUGGCGUCGCACCCAAAGAGGCCUAUAAGUACAUACCGUUUGACCGUGAUGGUGUGCCGAUGUGGAAGUGCCUAGGUUCCGACAAGGUUAUUCCCUUUGCACAGGUCAACGACGACUACUGCGACUGCCCCGACGGAUCUGAUGAGCCUGGUACAUCAGCAUGCCCGAAUGGACAGUUUUACUGCCAAAAUAAAGGGUUUAUCGGCAGCUACAUUCGCAGUUCGCGUGUGAACGAUGGCGUGUGUGAGCCAGAGUGCUGCGAUGGCUCCGACGAAACGGAUGGCAAAAUAACUUGCCCCAAUAUUUGUGCCAAGGUUAAUAAAGAGUUCCAGCAUGCUCGUAUGCAGGAGCAGAAGGUGCAUGAUGCAGGUGCCAAAGUGCGCGCAAAGUACAUUAACGAAUACCGCCACUAUCGCGCACAGGCAUCUGCUGAACUUGUUCGCUUAGAGUCGCUUUUGAUUGAGCUCACGGCUGAAGAAAAGACGCUUCGCGAAGCACUGGCUCUGGCCGAGCAAGAGAAGAACUACAUGGAGGAGCAAAAGCGAAAGAGUCCCCUCUAUGAGAAAUUGGAGUCCCGUAAUGGAGCUAUUCGCUCGCUUGCGCGCGCUCUUGAAAAUGCGGUGGGAGAGAUGCGAGUCUUGGCCAAGGUCGUGGAAAGCCUCGAUACAGACGAUGCACCUCCUGCUGUUACUGGCGCAUUGCAAUCCUAUUCGGAGUGGCUCGGUGAGAACCACCAAGGUCUUAAAGCCUCCCUAGAUGAGAGACUAGCCGAACUAAUGGAGUGGGCGCCACCUAUCUCCCAACUGGAAAGCAUGGCUGACGAGAACGUCUUCGAGAUGAUGGAUGGUGCACCGGAGAAGGGCACUAUUGAUACGCGCCCAGACCCACUGACACACCUUCCUUCGUACCUGCCGGAGGGGAUUAUCCCCAUGUACCAAAAGAUUGUGACGUGGAUGGUGCGCAUGUUGGUCCACCUGGACAUUUUACAUCCUGUCCACCUCGGCGUGCACACGGCUUCGGGAAAGAGCGUCUCGGAAGCGCAGGCAGCUCUAGAUGCGUGUACUCAAAAGAUUCAGGAUACAGAGAGAGACGUCAAGACGCAUAAGAAGGACGCAACGGACGAUGAUGCCAAAUAUGGCCGCGAUGGCGAAUUCAAGGCGUUGCAGGACCAAUGUGUAUCGAAGGAUAUGGGAAGCUAUACCUAUGAAAUGUGCUUUGGUGGUACGGCCUGGCAGGUUUCAAACAAUGACGGUUUCAAGUUCAACCUGGGACGUUUUGACCACUUUGAUGUGGACAACAAGUUCAGUGCCGACGACGAGCGACACUACCUUAGUAUGCUCUAUGCACACGGCCAGACGUGUUGGAACGGCCCGCCACGUAGCACGCGGGUAUCGCUAGAGUGUGGUGCUGAGAAUGCCUUGUUGCAUGUGUUUGAGGCGGAGAAGUGCAUCUACUCGAUGCGCGUGACUACACCUGCAGUGUGUUUCCCACGCAAGUCCAUGGAGGAAUUGAUCGAUGAGGCACGUAUCGACCAUGAGGAGCUGUAG